AUGCAGCUUUUCGUAAGAGCACAGAAUCUACACACCCUUGAGGUGUCUGGCCUGGAAACUGUAUCCGCUAUCAAGGCUCAAAUCUCCUCUCUAGAGGGAAUUGCCUGUGAAGACCAAGUUAUUCUUCUUGCUGGUUCCCCCUUGUCUGAUGAAGACACCCUCAUCCAGAGUGGAGUAUGUGAUCUCAGCACCUUGGAUGUUGCUGCUCGUCUGUUGGGAGGUCAGUAUUUCAGGGUGCAAUGUAGAACUUCAGGCGUUUGA